AAUUUGAAUUUGCGGGCGUCACAUGUUAUGUUCUAUGGAAAGAAAACACGAUCGUCGCACUUGCUAUUUUAACAAAAUUACUUUAUAUUUUUUUAUGUUUGACAUUCGAUCGUAAUUCCUUGACGUUAGGGUCUUGCAUAUAAAGUGGAAGACUUGUAGUAUCGACCCAAGAAUAUUCUAUUAUUAUGGUCUCCCAGAAGAACGAGAAUACGGUACAAGCUGCUCCAUCAAAACCCAGCAACAUGAGGGUCGUAGUUCGGGUUAGACCUCCAAACCCUUUGGAAAUAUCCAAUAACUCCGGAGCAAGCUCUGUUCGUGUUAUGGACCAGAACGUGCUGGUCUUCGAUCCCGACGAAGAGUGUGAAGCUAUCAACUUUCCUGGUGCUUCGAGAAAGCGAGCUCGUAGCGUUACCGGAAGACGUGCGAGGGAUUUGAGAUUUAUUUUCGAUCGUGUGUUCAACGAAGAAGCGAAUAACACGGAUGUAUUUGAAAAUACAACAAAAGACAUUAUAGAUGGAGUUCUAGAUGGUUUUAACUGCACUGUUUUCGCCUACGGGGCCACUGGAGCCGGCAAAACACACACGAUGUUGGGCAGUAAUAACAACCCCGGCGUCAUGUUUCUAACUAUGAUGGAUCUUUACCGAAGAAUACAUGAGAUGAAGGACGAAAAGACCUGUGAUGUUGCAGUUUCGUAUCUCGAGGUAUAUAACGAGACAAUUCGUGACCUACUACUGCCUGGGCCAGCACUAGCUGUCAGAGAGGACCCCCAACGUGGUGUAUGUGUGAGCGGUCUCACCCUUCACAAGCCACACUCUGCUGAAGAACUUCUCAGUAUGCUUGAGUUUGGAAAUAACAACCGCACACAGCACCCAACAGAUGCCAAUGCGCAAUCCUCGAGGUCGCAUGCUGUGUUUCAGGUCUUUGUGCGGCAAAAGGACAGAACAGCAGGCUUAAAGGCCAAUGUGCGCCUGGCCAAAAUGUCACUCAUAGAUCUGGCCGGGUCUGAGAGAGCUACUGUCACCACUAACAGGGGGGCAAGGUUUCGUGAGGGAGCCAAUAUCAAUAAAUCCCUUUUGGCACUUGGUAACUGCAUCAAUGCCCUCGCCGAUAAAGAGAACAAGAGUGGCCAUAUUCCAUACCGUAACAGCAAGCUGACUCGAUUGUUAAAGGACUCGCUAGGUGGUAACUGUAAGACUGUCAUGAUUGCUGCUGUGAGCCCUUCAAUGCUGAGCUAUGAGGACACAUACAACACAUUGAAAUAUGCUGACCGGGCUAAGAGCAUCAAAGUCAGCCUGAAGCGCAAUGUUGUCAGCGUAGAUUUCCAUGUCAGUCGUUAUGCCAAGAUUGUGGAUGAGCUGCGCACAGAGAUAACAGAACUGAAGAAUAAGCUAAGCUGUUAUGAAGGUGUGGAUUUGCCUGAAGCAAAACCUCCAGCCAGCAGUCAAGCAACAGAUGAAAAGGUUACAAGGCUUAGGAAUGCUUUGCAAAGUAUCAUGAGUGAGCGAGAGAUUAUCAAAAAGGAUAUGGUUGACAUCGAAGCAGCACAGAAAGAACUGAUGAUGAAAACCUUUAGAAAGGAGCGGAACUUGGAGAGGCUAAGACAAGUUGUUAUUGAAGAGGAUGCUUGUCAAGAGGCUGCAUGCAGGAUGCAGAAAUGUUUGUCCGUCACAAAGACUAAAAAGAAAAACCUAGAGACGAGGGUUCGAACGGCAGAGCUAAAGCUUCAACAAAAUACGUCAGACCUGGAGAGAGUACAGCAAGAGAUUAACAGCCUUAGUGAGGAAGUGAAUGAUAGGCUGAGCAGCUGUCAAUCAGCCCUCAAGGCGGAGCUUAAGUGUGCAGAACUCAGAAGACUGUGCCGUUAUUACAAGAAGUAUGCACACGCACAGGAGAAAGAUGCUAACAACACGGAGAGGCUGGUCCUUCGGAUGCUCUCCGCAAUGAAGAAGCAGUUUUUCCUACUGAGAGGCGCAGGCCUGGCUACGCCCGAUGUGACUAACGAUUACGACUCAAUCGUCAGCAUCGUCACAGAGGCGCGGGAGGUCAAAUGGGCUGACCAGAGCACUCGCGAGGCUGAGAGCCGACCUAGCUACUCGGAGAUGAUUAAUUUCGACUCCACGAUUGAUGGAACACCAGUGCACGCAGUUUUCAUCAACGAUGUCAAGUCUCCUCGCAUAUCCACGCCCCUGCAAGGCAACCCGUCGCUUAAUGCUCUACUGGCCCCACGCCACUUCACGAGCCAAUCGUCAAGCUCUAGUCCCUCCCUAACAGGCACUCGGUUGUCUCUGAAUAAACAAUUUGACGCUGUUGGUACUCCUGGGCGCUCGGAUCCCCUCACUCGGCAGACACUACCGACCGGGCCAGCGAUGGGCGAUGCCCCUUUGCUUGAUGCGAAUGGCGACCCACCGCCUCUUGAGCUUAUAUCUAGGCGACCUCUAACACCAAAUGUCAAAGUCGCCUGGUUUGAUAUGCCAACGAGAGCUAGCGGUGGAUCACCCGGUGACCAAAUGGCUUGUGGCUCUUUCACGCCAACGAGGUCUGGCGCUUUGAACUCUACCUUUACAUUCGAUAAGCCGCCUUCUAGUCCCUUGACUCCGCUGAGAGAACUGUCUCUAAACAGUAGGAAAGUGGCAGAAGAGCUCCAUAGCGCAGGAUUACCCUCUUCCUACGACUCUGUGAAGAAGGCGAAAGUUUCAGAGAAGCCUCUUCGCAAGAGGGUCCUUUCCAAUAACAUGAUCACGUCUUCGCUUAUGAUACCUAAGAGGCACGCUUCGUCUAAGGAGAAUGUAGUGCCUUCUUAUAAGCCAAAGAGGAACAUAAAUCGCAUUAAUCAACAGAAAGUGCAAAAGCACAUGGUUGGUCUUCGGCGAGCUAUCAGUUCGCAGAACUCACGUAGCUUCGCUCCGCGGACCACAAACGAGUCCAAUUCAAGGGGAAGGGGUAAUAAAAAGGCAUAGCCACAGUGCUACAGAAGGAAAUUCCUCGAUUCGCCUCUGCAAUAGUAGUACCUUGGAGGUGAAGAGCAAGUCUUCCCAACAGAGACGAAGGUGGCAUUUGCUCCCCAUUUAAGGAAACUUUCACUUGGGUAAUAACACCAUGGUAGGAAAAGAAAUCCAAUGUCUGAAUAUAAAGAAAUAUGUUAACAAUACCCCACCCUAGCAGAUACAGUGAAACGUUGAUAAAAUUAUUCUCUCUUUACAACGAUCAAUACUUCAAUCCCCCACAUAGUCCGGCGGAUAUGUGCAGAUUUUACCUUGAAUUGCGCACUUUUUGCUAAGGUUACCAAUUUCAGCAUAGUGAUAGUUUUUAAUACCCCUUACAAGAUAGGUUAUAGAGCCGAGCUCAGUUCGGCUUUAAUUUCUUAUUAAUAAUGAAUAUUGGUUUGGCCGCCAUUUUGAACCGGAAGUAAACUAAUUUUUUCAAAAAAUAAAUAAACUCGCACAUUUUGAGAAAGUUUACUCAUAGACUAAUAAAAUAUACAUCAAAGAAGCAUAUUAACCAAAGAAUUCUGAAAGUAACCGCAAAUUUUUCAUUUUUGUAACUUUUACGUUGACAGGGAUUUUGAACCGGAAGUAGUCAAGAAUAAAUAACGGCACGCUUGUUUCACUUUGCGCCUUUUAACAAAAAUAAGAAAAAAUUCUUUCAGGAGUAGUUUCGAGGAAUAUUUACAAGAUAGGCUAUGGAGCCAAAAAAAUCUGAUUAAAUCACGGAUUAUCUUGCGCUAUUAAAAUGACCGAUAAUUUUCGGGAAGUGAAAAUCAUGCGUCGAUACUCACUAAAAGUCGUCAAAUGAUAGAAAAGCCACAUGUAGCCAGGACAAGUAUACUAAAUAUACACACUCAAUAGCUGGAUCAAGAGAAAAGAAAGAAGACGAAAGAAGACGAAAGAAACUGCUUAUGUGACAAGCCUGGUGGGGAUACCAAGAACCACGGUGAGCGGGCCGCUCCACCUAUUGUCGUCUGUAAACGACCGCAUACAUGAAUAUGUGCAAGUGCUACAAGAUGAACAGUUUCUAACUGUAGGAACCGUUUAACUGGUGGCCUCGGGUGCGCGCUUAUCACUCUCCUUGCCUUUCUUCCUUAUUCUACAGAAAAGUGAAAGGAGUAUCUCGCCAAAUAAAUACUGGUAGAAUUUCACGCAUUUACAGGCGUGAUACUGUAUCCUGUUGUGCGGGUAGGGGGAAAAGACAGUAAUUGCUGUAUUCCCCGAAGCCACAGAUGGUCUUCGACAGCUAGCCUUCAGGUCAGUUGAGAUAAAAGACAGAAUGUUUGACAACACUUGAGUGUUUUCCAAUGCUUCUAUACGACCGAACAAUUUCAAAGAGUCGGAUGUAGACAAGGCAAGAAUGCAGCUCUUUUUGUUUUAUAAGAAUCUAUUUUUUUUACAAACGCCCAGCCGAGGCUCACAUAGCAGGAAAAUAUUUUCUUGAUAUUAAAUAUCAAUUUAAUGCACAUGCACAAUACAACUGCCAUGUAUCAUUUGUGCAAUUCCAUUAAAAAUAAUGCUUCAUUGCUUACUCGUAUAUGCAUUAAGCUGGUUUGAUUAGAGUGUACCGAAACAGGUUUGGAAACUACUCCCUGUUUUAAAAAAACGGUAAAAUUAAUAGCAGAAACCUAAUCAGUUUUGCCUUUUCCACAACUUUAUCAAAUGGAUUUCAUGAAUAUUUUAGUCCAAGACUUUUAAACAAGAUGUGCAUCUCUGUGCUUUCAAAAAUGACAAAUUUAAUCUCCGGUGCAAAAUGGCGGCAAUUUUAAUCAACCAUAUUAGUCGGUGAUAAAAGCCGAUUUUAUCUUGGCUCCAUAGCUUAACUUAUAAAGGUUAUUUCAAAUUACAACUGCAAUAAAAUUGGUGUCUUUUGCUAGCGAGCGCGGGGUGAAAUAAACGUCCGAGGUUUUACUAUCGACUACUUCCAGUUGAAGGUGACUAUCUCCUUGAAAGUUCCAAGAAUGAAAAAUAUGCGGUUAUUUUUUAGCAAUCUUGGGUUUAAAUACAUUUUGUGACUUUCAUUUUAGUCGCCUAGUGGCAAAACAUUAUCAAACUUUGCAAGUUUAUUUAUUUUUUGAAAAAGGUAGUUUACUUCCGGUUCAAAAUGGCGGACAAAUAAAUACUCCUUAUUAAUCAGAAAAUAAAGCCGAUCUGAGGUUGGCUCUAUAGCCUAUCUUGUAAAGGGUAUUAAAAACCAUCACUAUGCUAAAAUUGGUAGCUUUAGCAAAAGUGCGCAAUUCAAACACAUAUCCGCCGGACUGACAACAGCAACAUACAUGGAAAAUAGCAGGUUCGCAAUGUAUCAUGAACAAGGCGAGCUCUAGGGAGUAUUUGCGUACCUUAUUACUCUUAAUUUUCGGGACAUCAAAAUUUCGCGACUUUGAGAUGGCGAUAUUUCGUGACACUUAAAUAUCGCUAUUUUGGUAAAAUAAAAUCAAGCAAAACAAUUGGAAUUAAAAUGUGCUUUCAUCACCAAAACUGUAACAAACUGUAACAGAAACAUAUAUGAAUACAGUUCAGAAUUGUCCAACUCAACUCGUUACGGUACUAUUACGCAAGAUACCAUGAUACUUUUUGUGUACUCACUUGAUUUUCGAGCAUCCCAAUUUUCGCGUCACAUUACUUCCGCAAUUUUUUUAAAAUCGCGAAAUUCGGGACAUUAAAGUGACGCGAAAAUAAAGUUUAAUAAGGAACCAUCUCACCCGUUUAUCUCAAGAGCUCAGCUUUUCUUAUACGAAACAAACAAUUUACUGUCGAAUCCGUUGUAUCGCGACCCGCGUUAUCAAAACACGAUUUGUUUUGGUUUUCUGUUCCGUCAGUAAAACCAUUUUGAACCAACCAGUCUCGCUUUGUGAACUUCCCUGGCUUUUCUCUGGACGAAAACCAGACAGUGUCGCGACAGAAAGCCAGGAAACUGCACUAGGCAAGAGAUGGCAAGAAUCUGAUUGGCUUAGAAUAAUUUGACUGGCGGAACAGAAAAUCCCAAAAGGCAAAAUACAACAGAUUCGACAGUAAGUUCGACAGAGGCUGCCAUGGCCACCUUGAUAGUUUUGGGAAGAAGGCCAAAAAAACGGGGCAACGUUUUACCUGAUUGGCAUCGACGUUACUAGCCAACCAGCGUGGAAAAAAAUAUUUUAAUGCACAUCAGGGGACGGGUUCCUAGAAAGAUCAGGGCCGGGUUCCUAGAAAGCAAGUUAACGCUAACCCAUGGAUGCCAUUUUAAUCCAUUCAAAUGUCGAGAUGUUAAUGUUAGAGCUAACCUGGUUUCUAGGAACCUGCCAAUGACCAGGAUAUAGCCCUCCUGUUUAUAAGAUCCAUGUCAAUCUAUCAAACAAUUUCAGACAAUCAGUCACAAUUCCUCAAAGCUUACCACGUGUCCGCACGAGAGUGUUGUGAAGAAGGGCACUUGAAAUUUAGGCGUCUUUCCGUACGUCCACGGCCAACACUGCAACAUGGAAAUAAAGGUUACUGGUACAGCUAAUUGUAGCGGACCGACAACGCCACUCUACGUGAACUACGUUAAGAGAUGAAGCCUUUAUUUACGUUAAUUUCCUCGGCCAUUGCAGUGAUUCCUGGAUAAUGGCUUUCACUUUCCGGGUUGAUGAACUCAGCCUGAAAACGAGAGUGUAAAAGACUGUUUUUUCAAAGUAUGUUAGGCAAUACAAAGAGCGCCAGGUACAAUAAAUUGUGUCCGGUAUUACAAACGUGCAUCAGGUAUACAAAGUAUGUAAGGUAUCACGAAGUGCGUCAAUAAUAACAAAGUAGGCCAUGUGUAACAAGGUGCUUCAAGUAUCCCCAAGCUCGCGAGGUCUAAAGGCAUUUAGCUAUUGCAAAAGGUAUCAAUACAGGGAUUACAAGAGUGUUCACUAAAAAUACAUGGUGCAUUUGAUAGUUAUUACCUCAGAGGAAAUACUUUUGUCGCCAUAAUUUGCCAAGUACUGUUCUCCUAUAGCUAGAGAGACCCUUUCAAAACCCAGCGUUGGUUCAAUACAGCACAGAUUCUUGACUUUUGCUCGAACACUAGCUGUAGCAUUACUUCUGAUACCAGUCUAGACAAAGCAAAUGCAAAUUAAAAAACUGUCGAAAACUAAACCCCUACCAAAAGGGAGGGUGAUCAUAUAUAUCUAAAUUUUUAAAAUUUUGGGAAACUAAUCGUUACCAGUGCCUUGAUAUAUGAUAAUACAUGUGGUUGAGCCGAAGGCAGAGAAUGCGCCUCAGGCGGCCGUCACGACUCAUGUCUGAUUACGGAACACAGCUAAGGGAUCUAAAAAAUAUUCUAAAAAUCCGAAAAAACUCAACUGAAGUGGGUGGAUCCAGGGUCUCAGAAAAAAAAAAUUGAAAUAAAAUUGCUGGUCUACAUAAUCAUACAUGCAGCGCCAUCUGGCGAAUGCAAAGAAAUGUGCGAGUAACUCUACCUACGGAAAGGUCCCGUACAUAAUUUUUGUUGCGAUCAUAUCAAUCAAUUGCUGUCUUUUUCCUACAUGGUCUUAACCAGACCUGUGAUGUUUAUUUAUUCCACGAAAAAAAUUGGAUAAGGGGUCAUGGGCGUACGCAGGAUUUUAAUAAGUUGCAGUCAUAUCAUUCAGAAGCUGAAUGAGGGCGUGGCCCCUCAUCCAGCAUCCCCGUAAAGUUUUCAUAGCUCGCGAUUUUGGGUUUGAAAUUGGCGUCAAUGCGUCAGACUUUUGAGAGUAUUACACGGUCCUCUCUCAUCCUCGAUCUGAAAUGGGACUUCAGUCGUUGUGUGGCACUGAACGACAUAUCAAUAUGUUUUGAAAUCAUCUGCAGACUACCAUGAGUAAGAAAAUUAUAGUUUUUAACCUAAUAAUAUAUUAAGAACUACGUACAUAAAAAAUGAAUUGAGUAAACAUUAGAUUUUUCCCCUCGUUAUGCAAAUAAGAUCGCCAAAUUGUUUUGCAGUGUAGUGACUGCAGGCCCAUAGGCUGAGGCUGCGUACGCCCCUGGGGGGGGGGGGGGGGGGGCAUCACCUCUACCCAGCUUUUUCUCAGAUUUUGGGAAUUCUUCAACUUUACAAGAUCUCUUUCCCGAAAUUGUUGUUUUUUGUUGAGGGAGAAAAACUGCAGAAGCUGGAGAAAAAACUCAGAGCAAAGGAAAGAACGAACUAUCGGACCCAGAGCCCAUUUGAGGAAGUCACUACAGACUGAAACUUUUUUUGUCAUCUGUACUACCAAUACUCUCCUACAAGUUCUUUACCUUUAUGUAAAAAAACAUAUUCUUAAUAUACUAGUAGGCAAUAUGUAAAUAGGUAUUAAUGGUUUAGAGCUUGACAUUUAUUGUCCUACUCACAUAAGUUGGGUUAAGAAUAUCCCCCAAAGUAUGGAGAUCAACCUUGAGAAGUAAUGUGCAGUGGUGAUAUGCUGUUAGUCGCCCUAGUUUAGAUGAUGUGCCAGAUAUCUUGAGUUUGGUUAAAGACGAUUUUAGAAUAAAAUUAUUAACAAUAUAGUUUAUAAAUAAAAGCAUGGUAUCGGUUCAACAAUGAUUAACAGUAAAGUUUCAAUCCUGUUAAUAAAAGCUGUCCUUUCAGAUUCAA